UCCCACGCCCAGUCCUCCCUCUACAAACAAGAGAACCCGUGACGCCGUCUCCCCCCAGCUCUCCUAAAACCUUAUCUCACUCCCCCGACGCAGUCUCACAGUCCCUUCCACAAAACCCAUAUCCCGAAAACCACUCUCUCUCUCUCUCCAGAGAGUGCAGCAAAACCCUUCAAUUAACACCUCACAGCAAGCAGCCUCCAAUGGAGUCCAAGCUUUUUGCUUCAGAGGAGGAGGCGCAGCACCUCUCAAACGCACCAGGUUCUUCAUUUCUUUCUUCUCGGUACUCUGAUAUCGAUGAUUCAUCGAAAACCCAUGUUUCCAAAAUUGAUAAUGACGAGAAAUUUAGCGGGGUUGGUGGCGGUAGUGACGGUGGUGGGUCCGAGACGGAGGAGGGGUUUGUAAGCGGGGAGGAGGAGGAUUUUGAUUCCGAGAGGGCGUUUGUGAGAGGCGGAGAUACCGUGGUGGUUGGAGGGGUGCAAGAGGAUUCCGGUGUGAAGUUUGUUAACCCGUCGGAAUUCUUCUAUCCGACGACUACGAGUAGUCUGCGGCCGAUUGCCAAGGUAUCGAUGGAUGAUGACGACGGCGAGGAGGAUGCGGGGGAGGAAGUGUUUAUGGAUUCGAAGAGUUUAGAGGGUGGGGGUCCUAAAGGUGUCGUUUUGGGGGAUAGUGGGUUGGGGAAGAGUGAAAAUUUGGGUGAAAUGGUCCAGGAAAAUGGUGUUAGUGGUGGUGAAGAAGAUACGGUAGUUGAGAAUUCGAAAUUGGUUGAGGGUUUGGGCUCGGUGGUGGAGGAAAUCCCGGUGGUGGAGAAGCCGGUGGAGGUGGCUGAAGUAGAUGAUAAGAAGGCUGUAGAGCAGCCUAAGGAGGAGCAUGUUUUCAAUGGCGAAAGGGAAGUUGUGAGAGAGAGUAAAGAAAAUGGUGUGGUGGUGGAUGGGCCAGCUGGUGAGAAGUUGGUUGAGGUUGAAGAGAACGGAGUGGAGAUUACAAGUGGAGGUGACUCAGUUGUGCAGGAUAUACAUGCCAAUUUGUCGCAGACAGGAGCAGUUGUUGUCGUUGGCGAUGUAGAGACGAUUGAGGAAUCUGAAAUAAAAGGCUUGGAGGUUGAUGAAGGUGUGAGUUUGGAUAAUGGUUUUGAUCAAAUUAGCCGUGAGACCGAAGAACCAAAUGACUCGGAUUCUGAGCGUGACGGAGCGGUUGUUCCCAAGUCUGGGAAUGUAGAACAUGAUGGAGAGAAAGCUGCUAUUGUUGCUGGUGCAGAUGAAGUUGAUUUUGAGAAGAGGCCAGAAUGGAAGGAUCAACUGAAAUCUAAUUUCGAAACCAGAGAGAAAUGGCUGGCGACGGAAUCAGGUGCUGAUGUGAUGUCAGAUGACAAACCAUCGGUAGGGGAUGGAGCUGAAACGGAAACUGUGAACUUAGCAGAACAUGAACCGCAGACUGAGGCAAAACCGGAGAACGGUGACUUGAAUGCACAUGAUGAAGUGCAUGAAUUGGAAGCGGCUGUCCGCGGAAAAUAUGUGGCACCUGAAUUUCUGGAUUCAAGUUCUGAUAGCCACGAAGUAAAGCUGGUUGAGGAAGUUGAGGAGAAGCAUAUCCCAGAUGAAAUUGGCAUUGAAUCUGUGGAUGCAAAUUCCAUUUCAAACAGAGAGAUAAGAGUUGAAACUGACGAUGACGGUGAUAAUGAUCUUCAAUAUGAUGAUAAGGAUCUUCAAGAUGAUGAAGGUGAGAAUGAAGGUUCAGUUACAGAUGCGAACAAUGAAGGAAUGAUUUUUGGAAGCUCUGAGGCUGCUAAACAGUUUUUGGAAGAGUUGGAGCGAGGAUCCCGUGGUGGUUCUUACUCAGGUGCUGACAGUUAUCAUGAUCAUUCACAGAGAAUUGAUGGCCAGGUUGCCACGGAUUCAGAUGAAGAAGUGGACACUGAUGAGGAAGGGGGCGGAAAAGAGUUAUUUGAUUCUGAUGCACUGGCAGCUCUUCUGAAAGCCGCAACAGGUGCCUCCUCAGAUGGUGGCAAUGUUACCUUUACCACCCCAGAUGGCUCCAGGCUUUUCUCUGUUGAGCGUCCUGCUGGGUUGGGAUCCUCAGUCCGGUCGUUGAAACCUGCUUCCCGACCAAACAACUCAAACCUUUUUUCAUCUUCCAAUGUCACAGUUGGGGGCAGUUCUGAGAACUUGAGUGAAGAAGAGAAAGCAAAGCUCGAAAAGUUUCAGCAAAUAAGGGUUAAGUUCUUGAGGCUUGUGCAGAGAUUAGGUGUUUCUACAGAAGAGUCAGUACCAAGGCAGGUUCUAUACCGCCUAGCUCUUGUUUCAGGGAGGCAAAACAGUCAAGAAUUUAGCCUUGAAGCUGCAAAGAUGACCGCUCUUCAGCUUGAAGCAGAGGAGAAGGAUGAUUUGGACUUCUCCUUGAACAUACUGGUUCUUGGGAAGACAGGUGUUGGGAAAAGUGCCACUAUAAAUUCGAUUUUUGGUGCAGAAGUGACCCCAAUUAAUGCUUUUGGACCUGGAACAACUUCUGUGAAAGAAAUUGUUGGAGUGGUGGAUGGAGUCAAGAUUAAGGUUUUUGAUACACCGGGUCUGAAAUCUGCUGCAAUGGAACAGGGCAUCAAUCGCAAAAUCUUAUCUUCUGUGCAGAGGCGCAUGAAAAAGUCCCCCCCAGAUAUUGUCCUCUAUGUGGAUCGGAUGGACUCCCGAAGUAGGGAUCUAAGUGAUGUGCCAUUGUUAAGAUCAAUCACUAAUGCCCUUGGUCCUUCAAUUUGGCGAAGCACCAUAGUGACUCUGACUCACAGCUCUUCUGCUCCUCCUGAUGGACCAUCAGGUUCCCCUCUGAAUUAUGAGAUGUUUCGUAAUCAGCGGGAGCAAGUCAUGCAGCAGACCAUUGGACAAGCUGUUGGCGAUCUAAGGUUUAUGAAUCCAAGUAUGAUGAGUCCAAUAUCUCUUGUAGAGAACCACCCAUCUUGUCGGAAGAGAGAUAAUCAGAAAGUUCUCCCUAAUGGUGUAGCUUGGAGAUCCCAUCUAUUGCUCUUAUGCUACUCUAUGAAGAUCUUGUCUGAUGCGUCUAAUCUUUCCAAACCUCCGGAAUCAUUUGAUCACCGUAAGCUCUUUGGUUUGCGUUCCCGUUCAGCUCCUCUUCCAUACUUGUUGUCUUGGCUGUUGCAAUCUCGUCCGCACCCAAAACUUACUACCGAUCAAGGUGGUGAGAAUGCUGAUUCAGACAUUGACUUGGCUGACUUGUCUGAUUCUGAUCAAGAGGAAGAGGAGGAUGAGUAUGAUCAGCUUCCGUCAUUUAAGCCUCUCAAGAAGGCUCAGAUUGCUAAGCUUAGCAGAGAGCAGAGGAAGGCGUACGCUGAGGAGUACGAUUAUAGGGUUAAGCUCCUCCAGAAGAAGAUGUGGAAAGAUGAGUUGAGAAGGAUGAAAGAAAUGAAGAAGAAGGGCAAGGUCAGUGAAGAGGAGUAUGGUUAUUUGGGUGAAGAAGAUCCAGAAAACGGUGCUCCAGCAGCCGUGCCGGUUGCAUUACCUGAUAUGGUUUUGCCGCCUUCUUUUGAUGGUGAAAAUCCAGCUUACAGGUACCGGUUCUUGGAGCCGACUUCUCAGUUCACGGCAAGGCCAGUGUUGGACUCCCAAGGCUGGGACCAUGACUGUGGGUAUGAUGGUGUCAACCUUGAACAUAGUCUGGCCAUUGCUAAUUCUUUUCCAGCAGCUGUUGCUGUUCAGCUUACAAAGGAUAAGAAAGAGUUCAAUAUUCAUUUAGAUUCCUCGGUUGGUGCUAAGCACGGGGAGAAGUGGUCGAGUAUGCUAGGGUUUGACAUUCAGAACAUGGGAAAGCAACUUGCAUACAUUGUCCGAGGAGACACUAAAGUCAAGACUUCCAAGAGGUUCAAGAAUGCUGCCGGAGUAUCUGUGACAUUCUUGGGUGAAAAUGUGUCCACUGGAUUCAAACUUGAACAGGAGUAUGUUGGCAAGCGCCUGCUAUUGGUGGGUACUACUGGUACUGUCCGAUCUCAGGGCGACUCAGCAUAUGGAGCAAAUUUGGAGGUGCGGCUAAGGGAAGCAGAUUUUCCGAUCGGCCAGGAUCAAUCCUCAUUGGGUCUGUCUCUAGUGCGGUGGAGGGGCGACUGCCUGGGGGCAAAUCUCCAGUCCCAGUUUUCCCUCGGGCGCAACUACAAGAUGGCUGUUCGUGCAGGGUUGAACAACAAGCGCAGCGGACAGAUAUCGAUCAGAACAAGCAGCUCCGAACAACUCCAACUCGCACUCAUUGCUGUGAUUCCGGUUGUCAAGGCUAUCUACAACAGCAUCUGGCCCAGAGCCAGUGAGAACUACUCCAUCUACUAAGAUACGUUCUAUUCAUUUUGUCAUCUGUUUCCAUUCUGUUAUAUUUACGGCGUCGAUGUUUUGAUAUUUUGUCGAAUAAAGUUGAGAUUGCGCGAUUAGUUAGUAUCGAAAACGAGAUGGAACUUAGAGAGCGAGUUUAUUCAACGAGAUGGUGCUGUUAAAAUCUCGGAUUAUAUGUAUUAAUGAUUCCUAGUUAAUGACAAGUUUUGAGUUUAUUCAGUUGUA